GGAGGAGUCCUGGCUGUUUCAGCACUGCUCACCCAAGGGAGACAGCACAGAGAGAUAGCCAAUGCUGCUCAAAAAACAACUCUGAGAGUGUCCUAAUCACUAGUGCCUUCCUUUACACCCCACGCUUCAGUUUCUCAUUUACUACCUGAUCUACCUACCUACUCGAGCCAAGCAGGCCACUUCUUGUGUUGUUGAAGGUCUCAGGAUCUGUACAUCGCAGCAGAAAUAUCCAAGGAGGCUCACAAACAACUUGAAAGAUGGUGAAAGAAUAUAAGAGAAUUGUUCUGCUGAAAGGACUUGAAUGUAUCAAUAAGCAUCAUUUUAGCUUAUUUAAGUCAUUGCUGGCCAGAGAUUUAAGUCUGGAAAGAGACAACCAAGAGAAAUACUCCACAAUUCAGAUUGCUAACAUGAUGGAAGAGAAAUUCAAACCCGAUGCUGGAUUGGGUGAACUGAUCGAGUUUUGUGAAAAAGUACCAGCUCUUAGAAAACGUGCUGAAAUUCUUAAAAAAGAGAGAUCAGAAGUAACAGGAGAAACAUCACUGGAAAAAAAUGGUCAAGAAGCAGGUCCUGCAACACCUACAUCAACUACAAGCCACAUGCUAACAUCUGAAAGAGGAGAGACUUCCGCAACCCAGGAAGAGACUUCCACAGCUCAGGGGGAGACUUCCACAGCUCAGGCGGGGACUUCCACAGCUCAGGCGGGGACUUCCACAGCUCAGGCGGGGACUUCUACAGCCCAGAAAAGGAAAGGUAUGAGUGAAGAAAAGACUGAUGUGAAAAAGACCAAAGCAUCUGGGAAAGCAGAUCAGCCUCCCUGUUGUGAAGGACCCACAGCCACAAGCCAGUCACCAAUAUCCCAGGUCUCAUUUUCAGCUUCAUCUAUAAUUUCUUUGGCUCAGACAAAGAGAAAACAAAUCACAAAAAGUGAAGGUGAAAAGAAAAAGAAGCUCACCCAGGAGCAGGCUCAGCUUUCAGAACCUUUAGGAACCGAUAGAAAAAAAGAUGAAGAUUGUCUCCAGACUCCUCUUAUGGCACCACCAACACCACCCAGCAGUUCCUCAAACAAGAAACAGAAAAACACAACCAUCCCAAAACAUGGUAUCAUAAAGACAAGGGGUCCUCAGGAAAUUCAUCAACUUGUAGAAUUUUCAUCAUCCAGCAACUUCCCAGCUGUAAGUGAACUCCCGACCUUUGAAGGACUUUCAGCAAUUCCUUCUAGCAGACUUCAGUCUUCUCAGAAGCCUCUAGAAGCUCACUUGGAUUUAAAGAUGUCUCCAAGCUCUUCAAGAUCACCUUGCCAUAAUCUUUCAGUGUCUCUAACGUCAGACUCAAAUGUUCAUCUGAACUCUAAUGCACAUUCCAUCCAGUCCAGUGGUGCCCAGGUUCCUUAUGUACCAUCAGCAACAGGAUUCAGUAAUGUCAGGGUUCCUCUUAUGCCUUCAAAAACAGUGUCCUGCUCUUCCAUUGCUCCUCACAUGUCUUUAAUAAAGGUACCCAGCAGUAUCCAGGACCUUCACCUUCCUACACAAGAAGCAUUCAGUAGCACAGAGGAUCCUCACAAUCAAGCAAUAGCAUCCAAAAAUCUCCAAACUACUAAAAUGCCUCCAACAACACUGACAAGCAAAGCCCAGCUCCUAAAGAUGCCUUCUUCAGCAACAUCAUCCAGCAGUGUUCAGGUUUCUCAUACUCUAGCAACUGUGUCCAGAAGCACCUCUGUCAAACAGAUACUUCAAACAACAAGAUCCAGUAGCAUUCAGAUUCUUAACUCUGCUACAGUAAAAGCAUCCAAGAAUGUCCAGGCCUCUCAAGUAUCUUUACCAACAGAACCCAAUUAUUUCCAGGCUUCUGUGGCACCUCCAUCAGCAACACCCAGCAGUUCUACAUCUCUUCUGGUACCUUUGUCAAAAGCCACAAGCAGAGCCCAGAGUACUCAAAUUCAUCCAGAAAGAGAAUCCAUUUGUGUCCAGGCUCAUCGUGCUCCUUCAUCAACAGUGUCCAGAAAUAAGUGCACCACUCAGUUGACACAAGGGGCAGCAUCCGGUACUGGGAAGGCCUUUUCCCUCCCUGAAGUAAAAGCAUCCAUGAAAGUCCAAGCACCUCAGGUGUCUUCCCCAACAGCAUCCAUGAGUAUCCUGAAUCCAAAUGCAACCCCCCCAACAACAUCCAGCAAUCUCCUGGCUCCACAUGCAACUUCAUCAACAACAUAUAGCAUCCUCCUGGCUCCAUAUGCAACUCUAUCAACAGCAUCUAGCAACCUCCUGGCUCCACAAGCAACUGUAUCAACAGCAUCUAGCAACCUCCUGGCUCCACAUGCAACUCUAUCAACAACAUCUAGCAACCUCCUGGCUCCACAUGCAACUCUAUCAACAACAUCUAGCAACCUCCUGGCUCCACAUGCAACUUCAUCAACAGCAUCUAGCAACCUCCUGGCUCCACAAGCAACUCUAUCAACACCAUCCAAUAGUCUCCUGGCUCCACAUGCAACUCUAUCAACAACAUCUAGCAACCUCCUGGCUCCACAUGCAACUUCAUCAACAGCAUCUAGCAACCUCCUGGCUCCACAUGCAACUUCAUCAACAGCAUCUAGCAACCUCCUGGCUCCACAUGCAACUCUACCAACAGCAUCCAGCAAUCUUCUGGCUCCACAGUUGUGUCCAGUAACAGCAUCUAGGGCUCUCAGUGCUAUUCCAGUGCCUUCAGCAACAGUACACAGCAGUCCAUCCUGGACACCAAGGAGAGGAACUGUACCAAAGGAGCCUUCUAGGGAAGAAGGUCACCAUCAAGGUCCCAAACAAGUGAUGGUGCUGAAAGUAACAGAACCAUUUACAUAUGACCUGGAAGAAGAUAAAAGGAUGUUUCAUGCUACAGUGGCUACUGAAACUGAGUUCUUCAGAGUGAAGGUUUUUGACACAGCUCUAAUAAGCAAGUUCAUCCCAAGAAAUAUCAUUGCCAUAUCAGAUUAUUUUGGGUGCAAUGGAUUUUUGGAGAUAUACAGAGCUUCCUGUGUCUCUGAUGUGAACGUUAACCCAACAAUGGUCAUCUCAAAUACACUGAGACAAAGAGCUAAUGCAACUCCUAAAAUUUCUUAUCUUUUCUCACAAGCAAAGGGGACAUUUGUGAGUGGAGAGUACUUAGUAAUUAAGAAAACUGAGAGGAAUAAAGCCAUUUACUAUGGAGUUAAAGAUAAUACAGGGAAAAUGGAAGUGAUGGUUUAUGGACGACUCACCAAUAUCACGUGUGAACCAGGCAAUAAACUUAGACUUGUCUGCUUUGAAUUGAAUCUCAUUGAAGAUGGGUUGCAGCUGAAGUCUGUAAGGCACAGUUACAUGCAGGUCAUCAAUGCUAGAAGGUGAAGGAAAGCCACUCAACCCAGACUCAGUCAGGGGAACCUCUCUGGAACCAUACUUCUGAAAACCUGGAUGCCAAUGACAUUUUUUGUGGAGAUAAGAUUCAAGUACAGAAAAUAAAAGUGCAUAGGCCUGUUGAAAUACCAGCUCUACUAAAAGCAGCUCUUAAUUCUAAGAAAUGGGGCUUUCUUAUAUGCUUUACACAUUUUCUAUUAUCAAAGUUUUAUAUGUUGUCUCUAUAACUUCUGUGAUUGUUUAAUUUGUAAUUUUUAUACCUAAAACUUAAAAUAAAUUCACACAAUUUCUGUAAA